GGGAUAGUCUGUCGUGGCAGCAUGGCAACGUAGGUAGAUCGUUUCACUAACUCCAGUCAAAAAACCAGUUUAUUUACCGACUAUAUCCGUGGAGUGUCGCUUUGCAAGCGUACACGAUACGCAGAGCUAUUUCGAAACAAUUUAUAUUUAUUGCCGUCCGUGUGUUUUAAAGUUGUUAUAAAAGUAUUCUAACUUUAAUUCAAACUAGUGUCUUUCGUAAAUUUAAAAGUAGUGAUAGGUGUGUCGCAUCGUGAAUUUUGAAUCAUGAGUUAAUUUGUGUGCACUCACGUGAAAAUACAGGUGUUUAGUUGCAUGUGCAGUUCAAACGUGUAAAAAAAGAGAUGUUGAUAGAUUGCGGAUCACAUCUUUAAUUCGAUUGACCAUCAGUGAACUUCGUGUGACGAAUUCUUUGCGGACUUUAUUGAAAACAUGUCUGCAAACCCGAAUUUGCACCAGACCGCGUACAACAAUUCCUGAUGUUCUGGUGUGAGAUCGGCUGAGAUGCAGCCAUGGCGAGCGGCAAGGCUAUGUAUUCUAUAGCCGUUGUUGUGUUCGGCUUCAUAUGUUUUGUGGUCGGUGCCAUAGCGGUGGGCCUACCAACAUGGGGGUAUUAUUACAGUUAUGAUUCUGGCAUAGAUAUCGCAUUGCAGUGGCACUCUUUCGAGAACCCGAACUACGACAAAGGCUACUUCGGGCCAUGGCGCAUGUGCAAGAGUCUGCUCUACAACCGGGAGAAAUGUGGCGACGACGUCUCCAAAUUCAGACCCUCGACGGCAGUCUACAUAGCGGGCGUAGUCGGAGCGAUCGGUACUUCUGUGCUUGGCGUGUUUUGCGUGCUGUCAGUCCUGCAGCUCGCCAUGAUCUCGUCCAAGGAGCGCGUCGGGCUGAAGUACUCCACCCUCGUCAUGCUCAAGCUAGCGCUGGCGCUGUUAGCAGCGUUGCUGUCCAUAGCCGCGGCAGGUCUGUUCGCCGUGCAGGGCGAUGACAGAGGCUUCAGGGUGACGAGAGGAGAGGCGUUCUAUGUGCAGAUCGUGUGCAUAGUAAUAAACUCGCUCCUGUUCAUAAUGUCUGUGUACGACGCGCUGUUCACACGCCGCAGCGGCGGAGACCCCACGCACGAGACCGACUCCACCACCAUCAACAACCCCGGCUUCAAGGAGGGGCGAGGUAUCUCAAUGACGGACGCGUCCGGCAAGCCGUACAGCAGCAACGGGCACGGCUCCGUGGCGUCCAUGAACACGACGGCCACCACGCUCACGGGCGCCUCCGAGGCCAGCGCGCUGUCUCGCUCCCCCCUGCGCUCCUCGCUCAAGAAGCCGCGCCCGCCGCACGCCCCGCCCGGCCUGGGGAUCCCCAACCCGGGCUACUCGGGACACUCCCCGCCGCUCAACAGGAACGGCAGCCAGAAGAAGGUGCGUAUACAGACGCACAGUACUGAAGUUUAGGCGGGCGGGGCUCGCUCCGCGAUUUCGUCGCGUCGCUCCAAGUACAUGCGGCCCACACCAAUGUUGGUGUCUAGCGGUGGUGGGUGCCGCGCCCCGCUCCGGAAUGGACACCUGCUCGCGCUUGCGGCCACCUUGCGGUCGUAUCUGUCGUUAUAGACGCGUUAUGUUGAGUGAACUUUCUGUACCUAGUACUAUUAUUUAUUCUGUGGCGAGGGGCGAAUAUCGCUAGACGCACGGAGGAUUUGACUGUCUCGAAUAUUGUGUCUGUUGUUUGGGAACAAAAUAUAUUGUCCCACCGAUUUUUUUUUCUCGAAACCGAAGGUUCGGUUUUGCUCCAGUUUCUACUGAAGCUGAACCUGAUUUGAAAAUCUUUAAUACCGAAACCGAAAUUUCGGUCGAACGCUCGUUCGGCAGUUUUGACGGAAAGCGAACCUUCGGCCGAAUGGCGAUCGACCUGUCAAUAAGAAAUAUCGAAUAAAGGUGACCUUCGGAGUCGGAUGUCACCUGUUGCAGCAUCGCUGUUGCCGCCGCUGUAUCUGUCAAUUACCUCGAUAAAUUGAAUGAAGGAAUAAACGUCAUAAUCGUGGCAGUAGUGCAGCGGAAACUGUCACUCAUUUUAAAUUGACAUAUACAGCGGCGACUACGACGCCGCACCAGUAAUGUAACUACAGUUGACGUUCGGACAGUUCGGAUGAACGUCACGUGAGAAAGCAUGUGUCUAUCUGACACAAAAAUAAGGAUUAAGAAAAAACAUAUUGAUUUACUUGUUUAGACAUAAAUUUAGACCAAUUUUUUACACUACACUUAAAUUGUAAAAAAUUUACCAUUAUUUAUUUCGUGACUUGAAUAUAUUAUACAUAAAAAUAGUUAUACAAAAAAUAUUUUGCUACGGCAUUACGUAACAUGUCAACUUUUUGUAGUAAAUUAAAUUACAUAUCAGUUCCUUCAAUCAAAACGUCAUAUUUAAAAGAAAUACAAACGAUUUUUAAUUUUAUUUGUUAGUAACAAAUAUAUUUUUAUUUAGAUACGAGUGUCAUCAGCAGGCAUUGUAAACUGCGAGCGAAAUCCAUUGAAAUGACGUAUGACCAGUUACAACCCUAGUACUUCAAUGGAUUUCGCUCGCAGUUUACGAUGCCUGUCAUCAGAUUACAUGAACUAUUUCAUUGGAACCAUGUCAAGUAUAUAGUACGAGUUUUCUAAUAUGACUAUUUGUAAAGACAUUUUAUGGUUCCAAGGUGUUUCUCGAGUGUACUGAUAGACACCAAAAAUUACCUGAAAAGUAAUACCUGAAGUUGAUAAAUUAUUCUCAAAAUACGCACCUUAGUUCUAAGGCAAAGGAAUCUUGUAAAUGUCACUGGUCUUACCUGACUUAAGUAAUUUAGAAUAUUUAGCUUGUAAGAUAACAUGCAAACCCAAGAUAUUUACUUAUAUUUAUAAAAUGCACGAUUUAACGCCACUUGCACCAGCCUACUAACCCGGGGUUAACCGGUUAAACCGUUAACCCAGUGUGUUGUGUCUCCAGGUUUAACCGGUUUACCCGAAUUAGUGGGAUGGUACAAGUGGCCCUUAAUAACCUCGUUAAGGCCCACGGUAGUACUAACAUUACAUUGAAAUAAUUAGUACUACCCGUAGAACUAAUUAUUUCAAUGUAAUUUGAACCUUUUUCUUUUGGAACAAGGUUGCAUUUCUUUUAUUUCGUUCGAUGUCAACAAAUAAAUUCAACCAUAUUUCCUUUACUAUAAAUUUCAAAUUCAAUUGGCAUUUUUUGUAUGGUGAGCCUUAGGUUAAAAUAUAGGGUGUUCUUCGACCCCCAGCUAUAUUGUAGGACAAACUUUUAAUUAGUACUAAUAAUUAGUACUACGGGUAGUACUAAUUAUUUCAAUGUAAUUUGAACCUUUUUUCUUUUGGAACAAGGUUGCAUUUCUUUUAUUUCGUUCGAUGUCAACAAAUAAAUUCAACCAUAUUUCCUUUACUAUAAAUUUCAAAUUCAAUUGGCAUUUUUUGUAUGGUGAGCCUUAGGUUAAAAUAUAGGGUGUUCUUCGACCCCCAGCUAUAUUGUAGGACAAACUUUUAAUUACAUUGAAAUAAUUAGUACUACCCGUAGUACUAAUUAUUUCAAUGUAAUUUGAACCUUUUUUCUUUUGGAACAAGGUUGCAUUUCUUUAAUUUGGUUCGAUGUCAACAAAUAAAUUCAACCAUAUUUCCUUUACUAUUAAUUUCAAAUUCAAUUGGCAUUUUUUGUAUGGUGAGCCUUAGGAGGUUAAAAUAUUUCUUCGACCCCCAGCUAUAUUGUAGGACAAACUUUUAAUAAGGGACCAAGUUCAAAAUUACGUUUUUUUUUUCCAUGGAACAAGAUUUCUUGGUUGGUCCCAUAGUAAAAGUUGUUCAGUUUUACCUACCUAACAAUCUGUAUGGCUAAGGUAUGAAAAGAAAAGCAGUAGAAAUUCGGACGGACAAAAAUAGUCUCACGGGAAUUUAUAUACCCUCUAGUUUAAAUUAGAACUUUAACAGAUGGCAAUAGAUUUCAAUGUUAUAACUGCCAUAUAUAGCUUGGUAUGAACUAGACGGUUUGUACCCCUAACUCUUGUCUUAGAAUUGGGAUGUUCACAUUAUUUCUACUCAGAACCGCGAGAUAUUUCCAUUUUCAAUCAAAGUUCUAAAUUUUUUGGAUUAAAAAAAAUUAGGUUUUCUAUGGCCGUUUAUUCUAUGUAUGUAAAUUUGGGGACACUUUUCUUGUAUUAGGAUCGAAAGAGCUAGUGAUUCUGAGUGGGCAUGCAAGUUGGAAAUACAACUUUUCAUACAAGUUUUAGUGCAUUAUAAAUAUAAGUAAAUAUCCAAAGAGCAUCGCACACACUGUGAUGUAGAUAUCGGUUAAAUGGCAAGUGUUAAAGCACGCUUCAUACAUCAUGAAUCUCUACAUAUCUCACUAUUUACACUGUUUUAUACGGAUGAUAUUAUAUCGCAAUAAACUUAUUUGUAAAAUGGAGAUCACAUAAAUGACUUAGGAGCAGUCAAAACGAGUAUGGUAUCCUUUACUUUGUGAUCCGUUUUUAUGAGUAGGUAUUUUCUUGACUGUACUUUUUAUGAAUGUGACCAAUUUUAGACAAAAUAAAUACAGCCACAGACAAAUAGUAAGUAAUAAAGAUCUGAAUAAAAGUCAGUUGUAUAUUAUGGGUCUAUUCCCAUUUGUCUCCUCCCCACUUGAUUUGUAGGCGGGGACAAAUAGGAAUGAUUUACAUAUAUGGAUCGCCUAUUCCCAUAUGUCCCUGCCGGGGACAUAGGGGAACACACCACAUUAUGUCGUAAUUUUAGAUAAUUCUGUCAUUUUGUAUGGCGCUUGGCAUGCUAGUAACGCCAUCUAUUGAAAUUGAGUUAACUACACAGGAGCAACGAAAGCCGGUCAGUCUCUAUAAAAAUUUCACUACAAAGUGGCCCAAUUUCAUUGCUCUUUUCUGUAGAAGGAUAGAAAAAAGAAUAAUUUAUGUGUAGAAAACCAACAAUUCUUUAUUAUUUACUAUUAAGGUGAAAGGCUUCGAAACUAUUCGAGAGUAAAUUUCAUAGAUAUUUACAAUCAAAUAGUUACAAGACUUAAUUUUUUGACCUUUUACAGUACAUAUGGUGCUACUUUACCGGACUAGUGCGAUAAUUAGCACAUUACGCAACUAUGUCGAAAAUUUAAAGGACCUUAGGUACAGUAAAACGUUGUACGAUACAUGUGCGAAUAGGUAAUUCGCAACUCGUGUGGAUUUAAAACACUCUCAUCGGUCGUGUUUUAAUUUAUCGCCACUCGUUGCGAAUUUCCUAUUUUUCGUAAUUGUAUUGUAAUGUACUAUUCUUUUUUACAAAAUUUUAUAUACUUAAUUACGUUUAUGUAUAUUUUCGUGAACAAAGUUCUUUUCUAUAUAUUGUCUACGCGUGUACAUAGUAUAAUUAUUACCAGCACAAAGUGUUGAGAGAAUGUUUUAUACAUAUAGCUUGUUGUAUAUUUCUAUGCAAUUCAUUUUAUCACUUAACUGUAAGUUUAGUUGCAAUAUAAUGACUACUUUUAUAUAAACUAGUAUUACACAGUAUUGUAAAUAUACAUUCCUAAAAUAAAUAAAACCCACCAGGCUUGUUUAACGUCACGUUAGUAAUUUAGGGUAAAAACAUGUUUCGCCUUAAAAAUACUUUCUGGAUUAUUUAUAACCUUGAACGCUAAAAACUUAAGCAAAGCCUUUAUUGCAUUUAUGUAUACUUUUUACGAUAAUGAAACUUGACAACCAACUAUUUAUGCUGCUAUUUUAUGGUGCUCCCACACUGGCUGUUAUAUAACAUCGUGUGACAGCGAGAACACAAUACAACACUAUCAUGUUGUCCCUGUCACACGAUGUUAUAAACAGCCAGCGUGGGACUACCAUUAUAUUGUGAGCAUAAAAUUUCUUAAUCCUAAGUAAAUUACGAGAUUCAGGGCAUACAAUUAGUUAUCAAACUGUGUUUCGUUUGGAAUUUCAAAUAUAGAAUGUCUGCCCAAAUUUUACUAACUGCAUACCUACUACAGCAAAGUAAUUAGCUUUAGCACCCCUGCAUACAAAUAUGUAUCCAUUUUACUGACUACACGAUAGGCUUUACUUAAGUUUUCUACCUAUAAGAGCGUCUUGUUUAGAUGUUCCGUGCUUUUUAGUUUCUGAUAAUUACAGUAGGGAUCUAGGGAUUGUUUCGUAUAUGUUCAUAUGCAAUUAUCUCAUUGGCGAAUGAUGUGGAACAAAAUAGGCCAAAUAAUUAUAUGAUUUUUUUUAACAGGACGCUCUGAACCCUCUGCGGAAGAGUUGAAAAAAUGAACGAAAGAAAAUUCUUGCAUAUCUUAAAAUCGACGAAAAAUCUGUGCUUUUCCACUAAAAAAAUACGGAUUAUAGAAUGAAUAGAGCAAAGAAACUUCAUAGACUUUUGUAUAUAUAAGAUCAGCAAAUACUCUACAGAAGUCAGCAUACGUCCUAACGCACUUAUGACACUGAUGCGGAUCCGCACGCCGCUCCGGUGUGCGAACAUGAUAGCGCUAUGCACAUAUAUAUAGCGAGGUCUCGCUCGCACAACGUGCCGUUGUGCAUCCCCUGUAAAGGCCGCCUAAGGCACAAAAUUUUAAAGUAUAAUGAGUAAUAACUUUACUUUUUUAAGUAAGAAUUUCGUACAUCGACCCCGUCAUUUUCUGUCUCUAUCGCACGCGCAUAAUUAUAUUGCUGUCCCGCUUACAGUGGCAUUGACCGCCGGCAUCAUCGGUGGGACAUAAUAGGGCUUGUGCACAAAUCACGCGAGGUUCUAUAAGCUGUAUCCAAGAACCUCACCAAGGUGGAGGGGGGGUCAAAAUAACCGAGAAAACCUCGCGUGAUUCGUGCACAAGCCCUUAUGCGCGUGCGAUAGAGAUCAGUGUACGAAAUUAUUACUUUAGUUAAUUUUUAGGGUUCCGAAAAGGAAAAAACGGAACUCUUAUAGGAGUGUGUUGUCCGUCCGUCCGUCUGUCUGUCAAGACCCUUUAUCUCGGGAACGCGUGGAGGUAUCGAGUUGAAAUUAAAACAGUCCCUUGAAGCUGUAAAAAAAAACUUCUAUAUUAACGUAAAAAAUAUAUGCGGCCAUUUAUGCCGCAAAAAAAGUACAGGAUGGGCCAAUAAUAAAUGCAUUUUAACGAAAGGCGUCAAUACGAAAAGAUAAUUUAUCACUGGCCCACCCCUGUAUAUUUCGACACUUAAGGGAAUCAAAAUUUGUAGGGCAUUUCCCGUUGACUUAGAAGUCUUAGAACUAUGAAAUUUGGCAAGUAAUAUCGUCUUACACUACAAUUAGAGGGAAAAAUCUCAAAAGUAUAAAUUUGUAAACAAUAAAAAAAAAUAAGUUAAAUUUGUACGGAACCCUGGGUGGGCGAGUCCGACUCGCAUAAAGUGCCCUAAUAAAAUCCUCAUGCUUACUUCUACGGAAUUUUUCUUUCGUUCGUUUGGUCUAUAUCUAACAUAAAUCUAUAUAAAAAAUUGUGCCUUAGGUACUCAAAAUAAAUGCAAACGUGCCUUCAACCCUUAGCCUUUAUCCUAUGGUUGUUGCCUUGUAACAUUUAAAGGACCAUGCGUCAAAAUGGUCCAAAAACCAACGGAGUUGAGUUUUAUGAUCAUCAUUUCGUUCUAUGGGCACCAAGCGGAAUUACAUUGCAGAACUGAGAUAUUGGUAUUUUAUUCAAAAUGUCACCUUUAUUACCUAGGCAAUAUAGUCCACCGCCGGGCGAACGCGGCAAACCAUUCGCCGCGCUCGCCCGGCGGUGCGCGAACAUCUACUCUGCAGCAAUUAAUUUACUUAUUUGAACUCUAUUGCCUAGGUAAUAAAGGUGACUACAUUUUGACUAAAAUGCCAAUAUCUCAGUUCUGCAAUGGAAUUCCGCUUGGUGCACAUAGAACGAAAUGAAGUACAUAGAAAUACCUAUCUAGUGACCUAACUCACAUUUCUGUUGGUUUUUGAACCAGGCUCCAUACAAAGUUGCCCAUGGUCCAAAACUUAAAACAUUUGUUUUCGAUAUAAUUUAGGAUAUUAAUUUUCUUUAUCCGUCCAAACUCUGGUCUUAAGAUUAGUUGAUAUUAUAAUAGUAUAUUUAGCUAUAAGCAUGAAAUGAGUGGAAUCAAAUUUUUUAUUAUUGUUAAAUUUGUUGUUGGAAUUCACUGUUUUAUAUAGGUACCAACGCAUGAGUUUCAACUUUAGUACAGUUUAUGUUGUGAAGCAAAAUAUUAUAUUAAUAAUAUGUGUUUUCCUUCUUUCAAGUUUUGGUGUAUAAAAACAUUUUAUAUUAUUUGAAAAUUAAAUCUUGAUCCUCCUGAA